UCUGCCUUAAAAUUGCCGCGGGAGCUAUAGGACGAUCCUGAGACCUGAACAGAAUCUCUUUGAGCUUAGUGGCUCCCCGUUCAAAUCGGAGGAAGCCUAUUGCCCUAAUCAAAUCCCCUACUGCUAACGAAUAGUAUCCCUCACCGACCUCAAUUCCAUCCCGACCAAAAUCUGCAAAACCCUCCUCUCCUUCACCUUCCCCUUCCCUUCGGUUCGCGGACAGUCCAAAAAUCCCCUCCAUCGAUCUCUCCCUCCUCGAGCGGGAUCGGCGAUGGGGGGCUGCUGCUGCGGCUGCGGCUGCGGCUGCGGCUGCUUCCUCGACCGAAAGCCUCCGCGGGAAAACCCGAUGGCGGUGCAUCGGGAACAGCCCAUCCGGCGCGGGUCGAGCGCUGCCGACUACCCCUCCCCAGCACAUAUGGUCACGUACAGCGAGGGGCUGGGUGCUGCGGAGAGAUUGAACGCUGGGUUCCGGACGUUUAAAAAGAACGUCUACGAUCAGAACCCAAAGUUGUUCGGCAAGCUCAAGUCUGCCCAGUCUCCGAAGUACAUGGUGUUUGCAUGCUCUGACUCGCGUGUUUGUCCAUCAGUGACCCUUGACCUAAAGCCAGGAGAAGCCUUUACUGUCCGUAAUAUUGCCAGCCUAGUCCCAACCUACAAGCAGAAUGUGCACUGCAAUAUCGGUUCAGCCAUCGAGUAUGCUGUGACCAUCCUCAAGGUUGAGUGUAUUGUGGUUAUUGGUCACAGCUGCUGUGGUGGAAUCAGGGCACUCCUCUCUUUGAAGGAAGAUAGACCACACACCUACCACUUCAUUGAAAACUGGGUUAAGAUCGGUCUGGAUAUCAAGAAGAAGGUGGAGAGAAUACAUGCCUUUCUGCCUUUUGAUGAACAAUGCACCAAGUUGGAAAUUGAGGCCGUCAAUUUGUCCCUUAGAAACCUGAAGACCUAUCCAUUUGUCAUGGAUAGAUUGGCCAAGGGAACACUCAAACUCAUUGGUGCUCGCUACGACUUUGUUUGUGGCACCUUCCAGACUUGGAAUGCCUGACAGCUGAAAUUCUGAAAAUUGUGGUAAGAUGUGUCUGUAUAUACAACCCUCAGUACGCAUACAACGGUGUGCUGUUUUAAGUUAAAUAGCAACAAAUACAACGGUGGCAUUUGUACCCUGCAGUGUGCAUUGGGUACUUAUACGGGUGCACCAAUUGCCAGAGACAUGUAUUUUAGGCUUUUAGCUGCUGUAGAAGUGUAGAUAUUACAAUUCGUGCUGCAGAUAGAAACUUGGCAGAUGGCAGAUAUGAAAAAGGAAAGGAUGAAAGGUUCCACGUGGAGUUUAUAAAUUUGGAACGGGUGUAAUUUUUAGGCUGAUCUAUUUCUGAGAGGCUGAGAUGAACUUUUGUGCCUGUCCAAUUUGAAUCAAAAGAACUGUAUAUGAUCUAAUACCACCGUAGCAACAGAAACUUGUGAUCAAUGUUGUGUUUAUA